AUGGACUACGUCUCCGACAUGAGCCGCGCCGCGCCCAAGGGGCUGUUCCCGCCGGAGCCCGAGAAGUAUACGGGGCUGAAGCUCAAGGUGGCAAUCCUGGGCCCGGGGCUGGCCGGCAUGUCUACCGCCGCCGAACUGCUCGACCAGGGCCACAAGCGCGGAUGCGAGCAGGUGGACAUCUACGAGGCGCGGCCGUUAUUAGGCGGCAAGGUGGCGAGCUUUCAAGACAAGGACGGCAACCACAUCGAGAUGGGGCUGCACGUCUUCUUCGACUGCUACAACAACCUCUUCCGCCUCAUGGCCAAUGCAAGCGCACCCUCUUCUGCCUCAUGGCCAAGGCAAGCGCAACCCGUCUUGCCUCAUGGCCAAGGCAAGCCCACCCUCUUCCGCUUCGUAGCCCAAACACUUCUCACCAUUGGCAAACGAACGAAAAUCAUUUACAGUGCUUUGGCGUUGGUGAUACAUUCCUCGUCACAUCACAUCACAUCAUCACCCGUGCCUCCCCGCUGCGCCUCUCCCAUGCAUGCAUGCGUGCAGCCGGUGGACAAGGCGUUCAACGCGCUGGCACUGGCAACAAGCCCCGUGGUGCGAGCGCUGGUGGACCCCGAGGGCGCCUUCCAGGUCAUCCGCGACCUCGACAAGGCACGCCCCGCCCCUCCCCUCCCCCUCCCACGUCACCCCCCUCCUCCCCUGCGUCACCCCCCUCCUCCCCCCUCCCUCCAUCUCCAUACCCCACCCCACCACUCGCCCCCUCACCUCGGCUAUGCAAGUCCUUGCUCUCUCACCUUGCUGAGAAAGCCAUGCUUAUUUGCAUUCCUGUCCACCGUGAGCUUCAGCGAGUGGUUCACGUCGCACGGCGGCACAAGGGAGAGCAUCAAGCGCAUGUGGGACCCGGUGGCAUACGCGCUGGGGUUCAUAGACUGUGACAACAUCAGUGUGCGCUGCAUGCUCACCAUCUUCGCCUUCUUCGCCACCAAGACCGAGGUAUCCAUGCUGCGCAUGCUCUAUGGCUCGCACGACCGCUUCCUCGCCGACCCGAUCGCCAAAUACAUCACUGACUGCAGAGGCAGGUUCCACGUGCGGCAACUGUGCCAGGAGGUGCUCUACUCCACCGCCGCUGAUGGCUCCACCGUUGUCACUGGCCUGCACAUGAAGCAGACGGGAGGCAAGGGGCACAUUGUGACAGCUGAUGCAUAUGUUGCUGCUCUGGACGUGCCGGGGGCGAAGAGGCUGGUGCCGAAGGAGUGGAGGGAGCGGUGGGGGCAGUUCAGGGACAUCUAUGAGCUGGUGGGCGUGCCCGUCAUCACCGUGCAGCUGCGCUACGAUGGCUGGGUCACUGAGAUGAACGACAUCGAGCUCUCCAGCCGCAUAUUCCCCUCCCUUGCCGCCCUCUGCUACUGUCUUCUUCCCCCCUACAGGCAGCUGGCACUGGCGGCAGGGCUGGACAAUCUGCUCUACUCGCCCGAUGCGGACUUCUCAUGCUUUGCUGACCUGGCGCUCACAAGCCCUAACGACUACUACAAGGAGGGACAGGGCUCGCUCAUGCAGUCAGUGCCCCUCCCCCCCUACCCUUCCCCUGUUCACUCCUGCCGUACCCAUCCCCGCCACUCAUGCUUGCUGGUUGCGCUGGCCACCAUGGGUCAUUCAUUCAGGCACUGUCCCUUCUCCCCUCCACCCCCCCUCACAUGCCGUCCCUGGUCCUCACUGCUCCCAUCAAUCCAUUUUCCCUUCAUGCAGCCACAUACUCGCCAAUUUAACCUAUCGUCUGUUCACCCCCGUAGGGGCCUGACACUGCUUUGGCACUCGGUGGUGAAGAUCAACCAGUCGUUGUACCGCGAGGCGCCCGACCUCGACCAGUUCCACCCCGACCAGAAGUCGCCCGUCCCCAACUUCUUCCUCGCCGACUCCUACACCAAACAGGACUACCUAGACAGCAUGGAGGGCGUCACGGUGUCGGGCAGGAAGGCAGUAGCACGCAUCUGUGAGGCGGGGGAGGCCAUUAGUGCACUCGCCUCCUAG